AUGCUUCGUAAAGAAUCCAGCUCUUCUGAAAAGAGAUCACAAUUUUUUGCUGCAAAGCUAUCUACAUUGAGAAGUCCUCAUGAAGCCGUCUGCGUUGCAUUUCUAAAGAAAUUAACAAUUAGUGAAUUGGCUAAAAGCUCUGCACUAGUAUUUGCAGGGUCGCUACGUGAUUUGUGCACAUCUGCGCCCACGUUGUGCGUUGUGGAGGCUACAAUGAGCCAAUAUAACGCCCACGGAUCGGGAGGAAUUUCGGCCAAUGCCAGCCAGCUCGUCGUCUUAGCGUCUCUCUCCAGAAGGUCCAAAGAUCAAGAUGGACGCUCCCAUAUCGUUCAGCCAUUAUGA